GGUGAGUCGAACUGCUUCUUGUCAUCAAAUGGUUCAUUCUGCGGAAACCGGUUGACUGAGGAAGGCGAACAGUGUGAUUGCGGUUUCACUCGAGAGGACUGUGACGAUGUCUGCUGUUAUCCCAAAGAUUCUAAGGAACCCUGCAAGUUGAAGAAGUUUGCCAACACUGGAAACGCUUCUGUUAAGGUUCGGUGCUCGCCAACAGCUGGCGAAUGCUGUACCUCAUCGUGUCAGUACCGCGAUUCGAAACAUCUCUGUCGGAGUGCUGGAGAGUGUCAUAAAGCCUCUUAUUGUUCUGGUGAAAGUGCUCAAUGUCCGUCUCCUGAAAACAUUCCAGAUGGAACUCCUUGCAUGAAUCACACCCGUGUCUGCAAGGGCGGUGAGUGUCUUGGCUCGGUCUGCGAACGAAUUCCUGGUUGGACAGAGUGCUCUUUGUCACGCGGGGAGGAUAUCACUCCAGAGAUGAUGUGCUACGUUGCCUGUCGCAAUAUCCGAAAUGACACUCCCUGUAUCAGCACCAUUCAGCUUGAAACUGUAAGUCUUCCUUCUAUGAUGAAUAAGCAAAGCACUUGA